GAAAUGAGUUGGUUUCAGUGUGGACGAGUGCGAGAGACAAAAACGUGAUGCAAGCCAAACUUUCAGCGUUGGAGUCAGAAGCUUACAGCCUGGCAGGACACACCUUCUCCCUCACCAGCGUCGAUGACGUAGUGCAGGUGUUGUUCUUGGAGCUUCAUUUACCUCCUCAUGGUGAUGCAGGUGGACCAAGGAGUAAGAAGACUCUGGGUUACACCAGGAGAGGUGGAGGCAGAGCACGCCUUGGGAAGCACUUCAGCACCACCAAGAGGGUGAAACGGCAUCAUCCUACACUGAAGAUGGACAGAAUAUAUCCAGUCGCCCAGACCCACACAACCACCGGUAGAGUGAGCUUUACUGAACCAAACAUACAGAAUGUCCCCAAAGAUUUUGAGGUUUACAUGCCCACAGUGAUAAGUGAAAGCCCACCUUCACAAAAUGUCUUCCAGGUGACACGUAAAUCAAG